CUUCUUGCGCACAAAACACACCAGCAUCAAGUUCAACCUCACGAUUCAUUUUCGACAAAUGCGUAUCCUCCAACCUGCCGAUGUAUGAAUCAACUUCUGUUUGAUCGAUCAACGGGUAGCUUAGGCCCUAAGGCCUUCGCCCGAAUCCAGACCUCGUAUCUGAUUCACGCGAUCCAGCCUGUUCCUGGGCUGCGAUUCAAUGGUGGCGAGAAAGAAAUCUUACCAGUAGAUGAGCAAGGAAACUCUCUCCCGUUGCCAGCUGGUGAGACGAAGAUAUGGGCACAUCAGGCUGGUGCGAAUGCUUUAACAAUCGACAUUGAGAACCGAUUCCUCGUCUCCGGCGGAGCAGAUUCCUCGAUACGGCUCUGGGAUUUGGAUGAGAGUGAUAUCCGAUUCAAACACACCUUCAAGCCACGAUGCGCCGUCUCAAGGACUUCUUCGGCUCAUAAAUUUGGAAUCACCCACCUGUCUUUCUACCCUUUCGACUCCGAAGCAUUUCUUUCGUCCUCAUACGAUCAUCAUUUGAAGUUAUAUGGGACCGAAACACUCCAAGUAUCUGCGGACUUCGACCUCAAUAGCAUUGUUUACACUCAUGCGCUAUCGCCAAUCGCAGAUCAUCUGUUGGUGGCUUGCGCAACUCAACAUCCGGCUGUCAGACUAGUUGAUCUUCGGUCGGGUUCGAGCACACAUUCAUUGGCAGGUCAUCAUGGUGCUCUUCUGUCGAUGGCAUGGAGCCCGACCUUGGAACAUGUCUUAGCAAGUGGGGGCAUUGAUGGGACUGUUCGUCUUUGGGACAUUCGCAAAAGCUCUGGCUCAUUGGGCGUUCUGGAUAUGGAAGAUUCAACGGGAAUUACCGGAACAGAUGGAAUGGGAAGAAGUGCUCGUGCUCAUACCUCUGCUGUAAAUGGUAUAACGUGGACUGACGAUGGGCGAUAUAUUAUUACAGCUGGACACGACGAGCGAAUUAGAGUUUGGGAUGCUGCCACUGGAGCGAAUACCCUUGCUAGUUUUGGGCCCACACUGAAGAACGGUCACUUGUCAAACCUGCCUUUAGUUGUAAGCCCUACAGCAUCAACUUCAGUGGGAAAGGAGCUCCUCUUCUUCCCGAACGAGAAAGAAAUUCUCAUGUUUGAGCUGCACGAAGGGAGGCUUCUUAAACGUCUCAAAGUACCAGGCCCCAACAUGGCUGCAGUUCGAUCGAGGACAGGAGAACGAAACAUCAGAAAUCGAGUUACAGGUCUUGUUUGGAGAGGGCAAGCAGGUGGAAUUUACACUGCCCAUACAGAUGGUCAAAUUCGAGCCUGGCUUCCCAGGACGACCGAUGAUGAGAUUCUUGAUCGAGAGGAGGAAGAGAACUCCGACGCAUUUGGCAACAAUGAAAAUGAAGGUACCAAGCGUAAACGACAAGUGCUUGAUGAUGUUUUCCAGAAUUUGACAAGACAGAAAGUAACAUUUGGAUGACUCCAAUGGGAUAUCAGACCUCGGCAUGCACCUAUAGGUAUUGUCCAAUGCAUUCACAAGAUUUGAGA